UGGUAGGACGUCAGCCACUGCACUCGUGUUGUCUGCAACGGAGGAGUCCAACCUGGGCUAUAUCGUAGGAGGGCAACAAAAGGCUAAAAUGGACAACAUUGGUGAAUGUGCACUUGAUCCCUGGAUCUUGACAUCUGUGAAUAAUCACUUCAACAAUCAUGAAAAUCAAACAUCUGAUCAGAUUCAGGAAGAAGUUACACCACAUGAAUGUUGUCAUGUGUCAAAUUUAAAGGUGUUUUUGAAGCCAAUCUGUGGCAUGUCGGGAAUGUGUGAUGCAAACGAUAGUCAAUUCUCCAUCAAAGCUUUGUUUACUGAAGAUGCUGUCAAGACAUUUGAAGAGAAUGAGGCUCAGACCUCAUGUUUAGGAUUUUCUGACAUCAAUAAUGGCAUUAUGGUUCUAAAGAAGUUUCACAUCAAGAUGGAUAUAACGCCACAGUUUGAGCAGUGCCAACUUGCUAUCUAUGUAGAUGAGUUCCUGAUUCGAUCGUUCGGUUAUUCAGCUCCCCUUAUUGAAGCUGUUACACAUCCACCUAUAGCACGCCAAAUCAAACAAAUGUGGAGAUCAAAGUACAACUCAGAAGAAGAAGAAUCAUGUUCUGCAAAAGUCGUCUCAGAAGAUGAUUGCCAAGACAGAGAUGCACUCUCUCAACUUCUUGAGUUAGUGAUCUCUGAGAAAGAUCAACGGGCAGAUGAAGAGCGCCCUCAUUGUGGGUUUUAUGAACUAGACAAAGCGGAGUAUAACCAGUGGAGAACAUUGAGAAGUUGUGAGUUUCUCAGCAAAGUUGUUGAAGAUGUUGAGAAGAUGGUGAUAAGGAGUCUCGAAGAUGCAGAGGAUGUAGAGAAUGAGAUUCAAGAUGUUGCUGAGAGAGGCCAGGGGUGUAAGGUUUACCGAAUAUUGGCAACAGAACUUGAGAACCUUUCAAAGGACUUGAUUGAUCAAGCUGAGUAUGAAACCCCGGAUGAUAUUAUUCAGAAACUUGACAACAUGGAAGAAUGGAAAGUUGGCUACAUACCUCCAUGCUCUGAUCGAGGUGCUGCUGGGAGCUCCUCAAUCGAUAUCACAAGCCUCAAUACUCAGCCCUCUGUAGAACAACAUAAGAAAGAUGGAGAAGAGCAGGAGAGUGUUGCAUCACAGGGAUGUAAACGGAAAGCCACAUUCUCACCAAGGUCACAGAGUCAUUGCAAGAUGGCAAAGAGCUCUGAGAGUAACGAGAGUAAGAUUGUUGAGGAUCAAGACCAAGGAGCUUCUAGAUGUCUCAAUUCUAAUCAACUCUUGGGAGGGAUUCAGCUGCAGAGUAACCCUCAACCAGAAAUAGGAUUAGAAGAGGAAAAACACUGGGAUAAUUCUGAAUCAGUAGAAGGUUUGACUCAACUUUGUGAUUGUUUAACGCCAAUUGAGGAGGAUGAUGGUAGUGAUGGUUUCCAGCUGAAGCAUUCUUCUGUUGAUAACUCAUCCCUGGCUAACGGUGAACAAUCAAAACGCAACUCACAAAAAACAGGUUUAAGAGAAGAAGAACAAAUCAACAGAAUUGAGUCUGAGGGUCUUCAGAAAGGUUUGAUGAAUUCUUGUGAUGGAAGGAGACAGAACCUUGAGGAAGAUUCAUUUUCAGAUGAGUCUGUUUCUUCAGAAUCGUUAUUACUCUCUUUUGAGAUUGGAGAACACCUCCCUAAUAUAAAGAAGCAAAACAUGAAUAAGGAACAGCUUGAAGAUUGCAACGAUACAAACACUGACUCAGAUAUCUCAACAGAAUUUGAGGAUUGCAUUGAAAUUGUUCCUUCUGUUUCAAGUCAACAACCAAAGUCUAGCUCUGAAGAACAAAGUGAGAUCAACUCUGAACAAGACAGCAAUGGCAGCCAACAUCAAGUCAACUUACAAGCACAUCCAACCUCCAAUAAGGUUCCUACAAACGCACAAUCAUUCAAAGAUUCUGUACUGGGCAGCCAAUCUCAAGUCAACUUGCAAGCACAUCCAACCUCCAAUAAAGUUCCUACAAACGCACAAUCAUUCAAAGAUUCUGCACUGGACAGCAAUGGCAGCCAACAUCAAGUCAACUUGCAAGCACAUCCAACCUCCAAUAAGGUUCCUACAAACGCACAAUCAUUCAAAGAUUCUGUACUGGGCAGCCAACAUCAAGUCAACUUGCAAGCACAUCCAACCUCCAAUAAAUUUCCUACAAACGCACAAUCAUUCAAAGAUUCUGCAUUGGACAGCAAUGGCAGCCAACAUCAAGUCAACUUGCAAGCACAUCCAACCUCCAAUAAAGUUCCUACAAAUGCACAAUCAUUCAAAGAUUCACAACGUACAUCUUCAGGAAAGAACCCUGGUACGUUCGUUGAUGCGCACACACAAACAUCCAACUCUUUAAGUAAAACAUCAGACAUCUUAAAGGUUGCUCAAACGCUAAAGAUGGAUAAGACAAACCCUCCCUUAACGAGGUCAUUCAGCAGUUCUAGUUCUUCUAAUAUCAAGUCAUGGAAUGCAAGACCAUUGGAUCGAUCAUUCUGCUCAUCUUCAUCCUCGUCAUUGAUUGGUUCAAUGUGUUCUCUAAACAUGUGUGGAUCAAACUGGAUCGUCCAGAGCCAAUCCAAAUUUAAAGAAACUCCAGCCGUCGCAAAGAGGUCAAAGAGGAGCUCGACAGAUGGAACUCCUAGUGGCGAUGAUCUUGCUUGUCGACUCAAGAAUUACAAACUUGAUAAAUCAAUACUGGCAUGGUGUGCUUCAAUAGCGUGUAGUAACGUUAAAACUACUUAAUGGUCAAGGAGCUCCUACCCAUAUUGACUGCUAGCCUGUAGUAACGUUAAGACUACUUAAUGGUCAAGGACCUCCUACAAAUGUACCUAUGGUGUGCUUCAAUAGCGUGUACACAGUAGUAACGUUAAGACUACUUAAUGGUCAAGGAGCUCCUACCCACACUGACCGCUAGCCUGUAGUAAUGUUAAGACUACAAAUAGUGAAGGACCUCCUUCCCAUGGUGUGCUUCAAUAGCGUGUAGUAACGUUAAGACUACUUUAUGGUUAAGGAGCUCCUACCCACACUGACCGCUAGCCUGUAGUAACGUUAAGACUACUUAAUGGUCAAGGACCUCCUACAAAUGUACCUAUGGUGUGCUUCAAUAGCGUGUACACAGUAGUAACGUUAAGACUACUUAAUGGUCAAGGAGCUCCUACCCACACUGACCGCUAGCCUGUAGUAAUGUUAAGACUACAAAUAGUGAAGGACCUCCUUCCCAUGGUGUGCUUCAAGAGCGUGUAGUAACGUUAAGACUACUUAAUGGUCAAGGAGCUCCUACCCACACUGACCGCUAGCCUGUAGUAAUGUUAAGACUAUAAACAGUGAAGGACCUCCUACCCAUGGUGUGCUUCAAGAGCGUGUAGUAACGUUAAGACUACUUAAUGGUUAAGGAGCUCCUACCCACACUGACCGCUAGCCUGUAGUAAUAUUAAGACUACAAAUAGUGAAGGACCUCCUUCCCAUGGUGUGCCUCAAGAGCGUGUAGUAACGUUAAGACUACUUAAUGGUCAAGGAGCUCCUACCCACACUGACCGCUGAAAUAUGUACAUUGGAUACAAGUCAUAUGCAGGCAAGUUUUAAAGUGCAGUCAAUAGCGAUGUUUUGCUGCACGUUUCCCGAGCAAAUAUGUGAACGUGAAUAUCAACAAACUGUGUUGUUUCUACAUGUAGGUGAUUUCACCACUUUGGGCUUAUUGCAUGUUCACAAAUGACAUCUGUCUGUCUGAGCACACGUACGUAUCUGACAUGAAAAAUGGUAACUUCACGUGUGCUAGAAACAUGAGAGCUAAUGACACACAUUUCUGACGUUCACGUUCACACGGAACGUGCAGCUAAACCUCUCUAAUAUCAUUAUUUUAUUCAGUCACAGAUUUAGUACCUAUACAUUGUAAAUCAAGAAUAAUGUUUCAGCAUUUUAUUAGACAGGAUUUAGUUGGCAGUGAUGAAAAAUGGAUUCAAAAAUUUACAAGCAAUGAUGAAAGUGAACAAUGUCAAUCAAACGGCACAAUGGCACAAAGAUAUUUUUAUAAAGGGAGUCUCUGUUUUGCAAGAUAUGAUGUUAUUUUGUAUACAAAAUCAGAUAAAAUACUUUCACUUACAGUUGCUUUUCCUUGAUAUUUAUAUUUUUUUUUCUUCAAAUAAAUCAUGUUUGAACAAAACAACAACUGACUAGAGGGAGAUUUGAACGGCCUGUGACAUCCAGAUUAACGUGCUGGCUAUUUAGCAGAAAUGUUGGUGGUCUUCCUACUUGUAAGAGCGCCAGAACAUUUAUCUGCAGGUCACAGGUUCAAGUCCUGUUCUAGUCAAUUUGUUUUUGCUCAACCCAAAAGUUUAUAAAACUUAACCAUUUAGUUUCCCUUGUGGAUAAUAUAUUUGUGUUCUUUACAUACAUUGUUAGUGUUCGAUGUUAACUCAUAUUUAAAAGUUUUCCUGAUCAAUUACUCAAAAUAAGCUGCCAAUUCAAACAUGCCUUGUCCAUGUGUAAGCAAUAUUCUUUUGAUUUAAAAAAUGUAUCAUUCAAUUUUUGUUAUAACAAUCCAUUUAAGGCAGUGGACACUAUUGGU